UCACUUGCGAUUGUUCUUUCACGAUCAUUAUCUUGGCGUUGGCCGCACAGUGCCCCUAGGAAGGUUGGGUAUGUGGCACUUUGCCAAAUGCGGGAUUAGAGGUGAGAGGGUAAGGAAAGAAUGAAGGGAUGCUGAAUUGGACAGCAAGAUGAGUGGGAGCAAGUCAUUCACACUUAAUGUUAGCUCCAAGGUAGCCGUUGCUACUGCCUUGGGUGCAGGUGUUGUGGUCGGGGCAGGGUUGGCCUAUGUCAUAAAUCGGGUCAAUGAACACACUCACCUCACCCAACAAAUAUCCAGCCUACAUGAGACCAUCUUACAAGUCAGAAGGGAUUUGGCGUCUUUAGAAACUGAAGUAUCAGCGACUCGGUCAUCCCCAUUCCGCAAGAAGACAGUUAGUUUCAGCAGCACGACAUCUGGCAGCUACAAGACUGCACGCGAAUAUGACAGUGACAAUCGGGCCACUGAUACCGACUACUUUUCUCCAGACGAAGAUGAUGAUGAGUUCUUUGAUCUCUCACCUGAAGAUGGUUCAAUGCCGAUUUCAUAUGGAGACUCCUAUGCAUCACCUACCGACAUCGAACGAAUAUCCCCAGUGUCUCAGGAAUAUGAUGAAGAUUUCCAGCAUUUCUUGCAUAAGAUAGACCAACUCCUAGAUGGGGGGAUUGAAGAUCAAUCAGAAGCAUACACUAUGCUGAAGAAUAAGGAACAUGAGAAUUCAAGAAACACUGAAUAUCUGUGGCGGUUAGCAAAGGCAACAAGAAAUAUGGCAGUGAUUCAAGAGAAGCUUGGUGUUAAAGAAGAAAAGGAACAAUUAAUUAAUGAAGCUUUUGAAUAUGCAGCAUCUGCACUCCAGUUUUGUCAAGAUAGUGCCGAUGUCCACAAGUGGUAUGCUAUCUUGGCGGGUGCGAGAGGGGAGUACAUGGGGAUGAAGGAUCGCAUUGAAAGCGGAAAUGUGUUUAAGGAACACAUUGACAAAGCUCUGCAGAUCAAUCCAAAGGACUCGACCUUGCAUCACCUGUUGGGUCGUUUCUGUUUUGAGGUAUCUCAGCUCACCUGGAUAGAGAGAAAGGUGGCAAAAACCAUUUUUGGCAAUGUCCCUUCCUCCACAUUCAGUGAGGCCUUGCAUCAUUUCAUGGCAGCGGAGGAACUGAGACCAACGGGCUGGAAGGAAAACCGCCUCUUUAUAGCAAAAUGCAACAUACAGUUAGGGAAUUUUUCUGUGGCUUCUACUUGGCUCAAGCAAGCAGCAGACUCCCCAUUUAUUACACCAGAAGAUGAAAUUGUACAGAAGGAAGUGUUGGAACUACAAGAAAAAUGCUCCUCAUACCCUGAAUUUUAACCCAUUUACAAGUGUCACCCAUAUGUGACAUUGGAAAAAUAAACAUUGCUGGGUGUCCUGCCGGUGUGAUGCUGGAUCGGAUUCCAUUGUGGCCGUGGCCAGCGUGCAGGCAGAUUCCAGGCCAGCCCCACGCGGCGAUUUUGAAGCCGCCUGGAAACCAUUAUUUUUGGCUUCAAAAUAUACCGCUGCUAGUGGGUUAAGUUCAUAGAAGAAGUCUGCUAAUAGACAAAACUAGGAGUUAAAACUUUAUAGCUGAAAAGACUAUAGGAAAUAGAUUCUGCAUUUUGAUACACUAUUUGGCUAUAAACACAUUUAGAAAGUAAGGUAGACAGGAAUUUAAAUUCUCGCCAUAUUCUGGCUGGCAGAAUCUUCAGUCUUGAGGUUCAAGUAUUCUUUUAGAAAAGGGUGAAGACUAUUAGGUUGAUCAAGAGAGAGAAUAAGCUUCCUGUUUGAGAUGUCCAUUACUUUAGUACAAGAAUCUGAAAAUAACAAAAACACAAGUCCAGGUUGAUGUAAAGACAAUAUGGAACUAAAAAUUGUUUCAAACUAUAAUGUAAGCCACUGGCUAGUACAUCCUUUAUCAGGCAUAUGUACAUGCUUUUAAGUUAAUUGUUUUGUGAGUUGUUUCAACCAUAGUGUCUGUGAUGUUAUUAUAUAGGAUAUUCUUUCUGUUUUAGAUACAAGUUGUAACAAAAAAAGAUCUUUAAUGAUAAGAGUAACUAUAUGAAUAGGUAUAUUCUGUAAGCAUUUGAUUCUGUCAGUCCAUAGGGGUAUGUUUGUUGUUGUUUUUUCCUUCAUUGUUAAGCGUGUGAAGUGAGUGAAUGAUUGUGUGAGUGAGUGAGAUGGAGAAUUAGGUGACACAUUCAGAAUCUACUUAGCUUGACAUACUGACUAAUAGACUGAUAGAGAUAGAGAGGAAGAGAACAAGAAAAAGAAAAGAGAUUAAAACAUGAAAAUGAUGAGUAAUUAAUUGUAUAUGAUACUGUCACUGUACUCUUUACAGGCAGAUUCACUAGCUAAUCAGGUCUCUUGCUGUCUACUAACGGUCUACAUGCUUGUAUAUCAAUAAAAGUGCUAUGUAUAAGUGAUGUACACAUACUUUAAAGAUUUUAUCUCAUACGGAUUCUAUUACAGAGUGAAUAUUUAUAUGUAUUUAUUUUUGAUGGGGGUUGUGUAUUUCCUUGGUUGUGUUUUGUUAAUUAAAUUACUUACAUCUUCUCUUGUUUGCUAUUGUAACAACUGAAGAAAAGAAUAGUUAUCUUGUAUUACACUAAGCCACAGUUAACCUUUUUGUAAAGAAUGAGGGUAAAAUAAGUAGAUAAAAAAAUAAAAAUAAAGGCAAUUGAAUGAAUAAGUUGAGGUUUAAUAGUCAAUCUGAUAUUUAAGAAAAGAUGCCAUGUUUGACAUAUCCUCAGAAAUAUAUAGAUUUACCAACAAGGGAGAAUAGAAACCACUAAGUAAAUAGAUAUAAGAAGAGUUGUGUAUAUACAGGAGAUAAUCACUCUGUACAGUAAUAUUUUAUGGUUUGCUACUUCAAAUGUGGUUGGAUAUUGGUCUACAUUAAGACCAUCUUUACAAUAGGGCUGCCCCAUUGCAUGGGAAAAUGCAGGUAAAAACAAUGGAGUGAGAUAUAAAAAAAAAUAUUCAUACAUACAGAUAUUUCAGAAAAUUUCCACAAGUAGAGUAAUUAAUUCUUUAGUGUUAGGAUAGCAGAAUGGUAUGAAGUUUGUUAUUUAAUGGCAAAAUAUAGUAUGGUAUUGGUAUCAUCAACCUUCCAUAUAAUUUUAUAUUUUAGAAGUAUUAGUUUUAUUUGGUUCAGAGUUUUCUUAUAGAGAUUAUUUGUAAAUGAUGAAUCUGCAGGGUCAUUAUAAAAACUUGAUGCAUAACUAUAGAUAUUUAUCAUGUUUUAUAUAAAUGCUAAAAAAAACAGA